AUGGCGGCCGUCCAGCGAGACAUCAUUGGCCGCUACAUUAUCGACAAAAUAAGCAACCACCGAAGCACGAUCAGCCGUCCAAUUCAACGCAAUGGUCUGGAUAUAAAAGGUAGAACACAUCUGAAUAUAAAAGGCGUUAUUGAGUUGAAGAAUGAUUGUUGGCAAGAGAGAACUUCAAUAAUUAAAAAAAAUUCUGAAAACGUGGCGAGUAGUAAACUUCAAACAACCCUCACUUGCGACACCAAGCACAAGUACGAAGUCGAUGGUUACUUGGACGGUCUUGUUCGUGUCGACCACAGCUCGGGCGAUUGGUUCGUAGUCGUGAAAGAGGUAGGCCAGCAGCUUCUCCUCGUUCGAAGCGUUCCGAAAUAA